UAGAAAACACAGGGCCACUACAAACAUUUCUCUGUUGCAGAAAAGGAACAAAAAGGGAAAUUUGUAAACAGAAUGUAUAAAGGCCAGUAUUCAGACGUGGAGGCGGGCCCUGGUGUAGCUCUGUAUCCUGACGUUUCUUACUCUGAAAAUAUCGACAGGUGGAAUUUUAUCAGAAAGAUUUAUGGAAUUCUGAGUGUGCAGUUGCUUCUUACAGUAGUAGUUGCAGGCCUUGUGGUCUACAACCCAUCAGUGGCUCUCUUCUUUAAUAGUUGCUCUGGUUUCAGCCUUUAUAUACUUCUAGUCAUUUCUCCCUUCAUCUGGUUUUGUAUUCUCUAUUAUUUUCACCGAACUCAUCCCAUCAAUUAUAUUUUACUAUUUGCAUUCACAGCUUGCAUUAGCCUAGCAGUAGGUUUAAGUUGUUCAUUCACAGACGGAAAGGUAAUAUUUGAGGCAGCAAUCCUUACAGCAGCGGUUGUGAUUAGCCUUACUCUAUAUACCUUUUGGGCUGCAAGAAGAGGAUACGAUUUCAAUUUCCUAGGGCCUAAAUUGUUUUCAACACUUGUUGUGCUUAUUGUCUUUGGUUUCAUUCAGAUGACUGCUAAUGAGGAAAGAAGUGUGGCUAUAAUGAAAUCCUUUGUUGAAGUUGAUCUCUACAGAAUUCGCAUUGUGGGAUUCUUUUUACAUCAUGUUUAUUGA